AAAAACAACACAGCUGCCCUUCGACCGAUGCCUAAGCAAUAAAAAGAUGUAAGACAUGAAACAAUAGUUUGUUAUGAACGCUGUUAGCGAUGUGUUAACCAUCGCUAUCACCACAGGUUAGCGACGUCGAAAUGCCACCGAAACGGUAUACGUGAAACUCGUCCUCUCAUUACUGGCAUUCUUAUUUCGCAGUCUCGCCAUGAGAAACCUGAGAAUUCUAACUCUCACGCUUUCUGUAUUGUCAAUCCUAUUUGUCGCUUUCGUUACCAUAUACGUCCGCAACCAUUCCCGCUACCAAAUCAGACUCUCAUCAUCAUCGGCGCGAUGUGGCGUUGCAAAUAAGGGGCUGGCCUUCAGUUAUGUGACGCACACGGCGAAGUUCUGUCAAUCAGCGGACAACGGAACCACCCUACUUAUUGGCGUGCUCUCGAGCACAGACAACUUCGAGGCUCGUGCAGCGAUCCGGGAUACCUGGGGCGGCAUAGCCCUCAAGAUGGGCUUUGUUGUCGUCUUCCUGCUGGGAAAUACACUGGACCAGGGAGUACAGCGCAAGGUAUUGGCAGAACGAAACAUUCAUGGAGAUAUCGUUCAGGGAGACUUUGUCGACAGCUACAGGAACCUCACCUACAAGACUGUGAUGCUGAUCCGCUGGGCUCGAGAAAAGUGCUCGGAGGUUAACUUCGUGCUGAAGAUCGACGACGAUAUGCUACUCAGCGUAUGGGAUCUCGCCGUCGCCGUGAACAAUUUGGAGGGAAUCAAACGCACAAUGUGGGGUGAACUGUAUCGCGGUGCUUCUCCCAAUCGCAACGUCGCUUCCAAGUGGUACGUGUCUAGGAAGGAAUACGCGCCAGAUACCUACCCCGCAUUUCUCUCAGGGACCGGUUACCUAAUAUCUGGUGACAGCAUUGCCAUUCUCGAGGAGUUCAUUAAUGACGAGUGCUUCUUUCCUCUCGAAGACAUCUACUUGACCGCCAUCGUCGCAGAGAGAGCUCAAGUGAGUCGUUUACAUUACGAUGGCUUCUCCAAUGAACACAAGCGGUUCCAUCAGCCGUGCUCGACCCCCAGGGUCGUGACGUCGCACUAUUGGAGCCCAACGGCAUUGCGAAAUGAAUGGAGGCGCGCUGUGUCCCGGUUGAACUUCGGCCUGUGCGGGGGAAUAAAGAAAAGCCAGAUGGUGUCGUAGACCAGAAAAAAAAGUG